AUGGCUUCGUCCAUCACACAUGCGCAGGCCGAGCUCAUCAGCUCCAUGGUUCUGGACGAUAUUCCCAUCAAGCUCCGAUGCGCAAUCUGCAGCAAACUUGCCGUCAACGCAUACCGAUUACCAUGUUGUGAACAGGCCAUCUGCGAAAACUGCCACAAGGAUCUGCCCUCAUCGUGCCCCGUCUGCGAACAUUCCCCUCUCUCCGCGGAGGACUGUACCCCGAACAAGUCACUGCGAACGACGAUCAAAGUCUUUCUUAGGACGGCCGAGAAGAAGAGAGAGGCGGCUAAGGCCAAGGAAGCAACACCUGCAACACCCUCGGAAGCAGCGACAGCUGAGCCGCGUGAGGAUGGCGGAAGCACCACCGUGGACGCUGUGGGCACGACCAACCAGCCCGAUGUGGACAAUGAUCAGCCUGAGCACCAAGGAGCUGGUCGCUCGGAGCAAGAGGGCGAGGUGAGCCAAGAACGCGCACACGACCCCGAUGCCAAUGGCGAAACGGCAGAUAUCCAAGAGCACGAUGGUCAGGCUCAAGAUGAACAAGAACAAACGGAUCAUGUGAAUGAGAACGAGGAACAGAAUCAAGGCGAGGGCGAAGGCGAAGGCGCCGCAAACGAUCCAAACAAUCAACAAGGCUUUGACCCGAGCAUGAUGAAUGGAUUCCCCAACGCGAACAUGGGAAACCAGGAAGAAUAUAUGCAGAUGAUGAUGGCCAUGCAAAAUGGCAUCGGCAACUCCUUCGUCGGCUUUCCGAUGAUGGGCAUGCCUGGCAUGGGCAUGGACCCCAUGAUGAUGCAGAACAUGUACAUGAACGGUGGCUUCCAACAAGGCAUGGGCAUGGGCGGCGGUGGUUUUGGCGGAGGCAAUAAUUGGAACAAUGGGUCUUGGAAUUCAUUCGACCAAAGUAAUUUCAAUCAAGUUGGUGCCCACGCUGCUGCUGGUGAUUAUAGUGGCGGAUUUAACACGGGACUCCAGAACAACUACUACCAAGGACACCAGAGCCAGUAUGACUACCGAGGUCGAGGACGAGGCCGCGGGCGUGGGCGCGGCUUCUCUGGAGGAGGCUACGGAUACGGACGAGGAGGCUACAACAACCAGUUCGGCGCCACUGGGUACCAGGAGCAUCAGAACUACGGCCAAGCAGGGCAAAACAUGAUUUCAGAGGGACAGCAACAGGGCAACGGUCAAUCUGGCGAUACUGUGGCAAAGCUGGAGGACGAGAAGAUGGAAGGGGCUGCCGAGGGAAUUGGCGAGGGCGCGCAGGAUGCGCUGAACCCAGCCGCGACCUCCAAUGGACCUCAAAGUGCCGUGCCUCAAGGCCCUGCAUCUAGCAACGCUGGUAGCGCUAUUCGCUCUGUUCUGUCUGCGCCAGAUGUUCCCCUUAACGCUCCCACCGGGCCAAAGGCCAUGAGACAGGGUCUUCCCAACACCAGUCUGCACCAUCUCCGCGCCCGCGGGCUUGUGCAAGACCAGCCUGCGCCGCAACAGCAGCAGCACGAGCGUUCCCAGAGCAGACAAGUCGACACGCAGAAGGACGGUGAGCAAAGUCGGAGUCGUGAGCGAAGAGAAGACGUUGGGGACAUGCGGGGGGACUAUUCACGUUCGCGCUCGCCUCGACGGGAUCGCUCACGCAGUCGUAGCCGUAGCCGAGGCCACAAGUCCUCGUCGCGCAGACAUCGCCGCCACCGAUCGCGCUCCCGAUCAGAGGACACUGAGCGCCGAUCUCGUAAACGCCGAAGUCGCAAGUACGAAGAUGAGGACGUGGGUGACGUGCACUCACGCAAAUACGACGACGAGGACACGAGAUCGAGGAAGUACGACGAGGACGCUGACGAGACUUCACGUUCUAGAAGAUACGAAGACGACAAGUACACGGAGCGUUCUGGUACGCCGUCAUCAGAGCACAAGCGAUCAAGCCACCGUUCCAGUCGCAGAGAUGACAAACGCAGCCACCGCCACCGGGACGACGACUACAAGCGCUCUUCGCACCGAUCGUCGCACCGCUCCAGUCGCGACCACGAGUCUACAUCUUCUCGCCGGAGAGACAGAGACCGCAAAGAGCGCAAGCGGGAGGGUCGUCGUGGUUCAGCCGACGAAGGCGCAAAGAUCGAGUCGCACGACCAACAGAAGGGUUCCGUGCCCGCUACCACGACUACGAAGGAUGCGCACACCCUGGAACGAGAGGCGAGGGACAGGGAGCGUCUACUUAAAGAAGCGCAGCGACUCGCCGGGUUUCGUGGGUCUAAGAGGGGCCGAGACGAUGGAGGCGAUGAUGGCGGCAGCAGUCGAAGGAAGAGAAAGAGUGGACGGCGAGGCGAGGCUGGUAGUGGGGAAGAAGACUAA